GAGAUGCCAACAAUCCAUGCGUUAAGUGUCCGCACCCACCAACGGAAUGCGAUUUACCAUGUAACCGUAUUAAGAAAAGGAAAUCUGUCUGUAUUAUAACACAACAAACUUGUACUAAAUGUCCAAAGAAAUCUUGUAAACCCGCUGAUGUCUGCAUAAAUUGCUUCACGUAUCCAAUAUGUUCUCCAUGUGCAAGAGAUGAACAAUGCUGGAUUGAUAAGCCGAAUUGUUAUAAUUGUGGGUCAUCACAUUGUAUUAAACCUCCUUUAAAAUGCAUUACUUGUCCAUCAGAAACUCCAGAACCUUCAAAAUGUUCAAAAAAUUAUAAACGUUUAAAAAUUCCUCGAUCAUGUUUUAUUUGUGCUCAGGUUGUCUGUGUACCUGAACAGUAUCAUCUGCCUGAUGAAUCUCAUUCAUUUUAA